GUUAAAGUGAAUAAAUGAAUAAAAUAAAAACGUCUAACAACAUGGACAAGUAAACGAGGAGGGGUAGAGUAUAAUACUGUGCUCAUUUGAGGGAAAGCCUCAAAGCAUCUGCCCUACCUGUGUGUGUGCAGAGGUUGCUGUUCCAAAGUGAAUUCAUAGACAAAGUGAAUGUAGAGCUCGACCAGAAUCUCCAGGUUUGAGAAGAACUAAUGGAAAGAACUCUUCUCUGUAGAUAGAAAAUUAUUUUUCCCACCAGAAUACACUGUAUGCCCAGCCUUUAUGAAGGUCAACAGAGAAACAAAGCGCCUUUUUGUGGGUGGCCUUGGCCAGAACAUUUCUGAGGCAGACCUACAAAAUCAGUUCAGCAGAUUUGGAGAAGUUUCUGAUGUGGAGAUCAUCACUCGGAAAGAUGAUCAAGGAAACCCACAGAAAGUUUUUGCAUACAUCAACAUCAGAGUAGCAGACACAGAUCUGAAAAAAUGUAUGUCUGUUUUAAAUAAAACAAAAUGGAAAGGUGGAACACUACAAAUUCAGUUAGCAAAAGAAAGUAUUUUGCACAGAUUGGCCCAAGAGAGGGAAGAAGCAAAAGCAAAGGAAAAAAAAUCAACAAUAGGUGAAACCAACUUGUUAGAAAAUAUGGGAGUGGUGGAUUUCCAUAUGAAAGCUGUGCCAGGGACAGAAGUACCAGGGCACAAAAACUGGGUUGUGAGUAAAUUUGGAAGAGUCUUACCUAUUCUUCAUCUAAAGAAUCAACGCAAACAUAAAAUUAUAAAGUAUGAUCCUUCAAAAUACUGCCACAACUUAAAAAAAAUAGGAGAAGACUUCACAAAUGCCAUUCCUAUAUCCAGUCUCACUUGGGAGUUGGAAGGAGGGAACGGUCCUAUGAGUAAGAAACGGCAAGGGAAAUUUUCUGACUUUCACUGCCCUCCCAACAAAAUAAUAAAAGUGCAGAAGGAUGAGAGCCCUACUGAAUCUCUGGCUAUGAGAUCAAGACACCACAAAGUAAAAAUGAAGAAUCCACACUUAACACUGCAACAGGCUGCUCAGAAAAUACAUAAUGAUCCUACUACUCCUAAAUCAUUCCAUGUACCUGAUUCUGAUAGUCAAAAAAUUAAAAGAAACAAAAAUAGCAUGUAUGAUGAUGAUAUCGAUUCUGAAGAUGGAUUAAGACUAAUGAUUGCAAGAGAGGAAAACUUAGGGAGCACUACAUGGUCCUCAAUAAGUGAAUCUGAAAAUGAUCCCUUUGAAGUUGUAAGGAAUGAUUUCAAAUCAGAUGUUCACAAACUUAGUUCUUUAACAGGUUUAGGCAACAAAAAUAAUGUCUCUUGCCUCGAUAAUGAAGAAAAUCUUGUGGGUAAUAAUUGUGACUAUGAUUCAGGAGAUACAGAUGAUCUUGCAAUGGAAAAAAAUGUUGAUAAGAUCAAAAAUAGUACAGAAUUUUCACAAAUGGAAAAGCCUCUGUACAAGAAAACUUCGAAAAAUAGAAAAAACUGUGAGCUUUCUGAUCAUUGUAUUAAAGUACAAAAAAAACACAACGUAAAACUAGCCAUCAGUGACAGAAUAAAGCAUCUUAGUUGUAAAUCUCUGUCCAAGUCCAUUAGCAGUGAGGAUGCUGAUUCUGUGUCAGAAUUAGCCAAGUCCCAGGAAGAUGAGUAUAAUGCCAUGGUGAAAAAUUCUCUCCAUGUGACUCUUACUUUAGCUAAUUUGGAACAGUUAGCUGGCUGUGACUUGAAGGCUCCAAAAGAAGAUAAGAGCAAUGGCUGGGAAACCACCUCCAAGAGCCACAGGAUUUCUGAUAGCCUCCACAGAGGAGGUCGACAAUGUAUUUAUCCUGAAGAGAUUGUGGCUUCCCUUUUAGAAGGAGAAGAGAACACUCCUAGAAAACAGAAACCGAAGGAAAACAACUUAAAGCUAAAAUUCCAGGCAUUCAAGGGAGUAGGUUGUCUCUAUGGGAAGGAAUUGGUGAAAAAAUCUGGCAAUAUUAAUAAAAAUCAGAAUUCCGUGAAACUUGAGGACCCUCCUAACUUGUCCAUGGAAAAGGGCUUCCCAUAUGCUAAUGGCCCAUCAAGCAAACUCACUCCUUUUCCAUGUGCAGAGAAAGCAGAUGACCCAAACCAUAUUCAGCCUCAGAGACAGUUCACUUUUACGAGUCAGAAUUACAAAGUGGUGUCCUCUAGCACUGCAGAAAAAGGGCGUAGAAUUCCUAUGUCUAAUCUGUUAAUAUUAAAAGAUAAGAAAUCUAUAAUUCUUGAUGCAGAGACUCCCAAAAUAGGCUUUGAUGAAGACUGUUGCCAUAGGUCCACAAAGACAGGAGAGGGCUCUGAAAAGAUGCCUGACCUGAGCAGCCACAUAGUCCCUGAGAAGUCCCUAGAGGUCUCCUCCAGGAUGGAUACUCAGGGAAGUGAAACUGACUUCCAACUUCCUGUUAGCUCAUCAGAUGCUAAUGCUAAGGACAAGCAAGCUGAAGAUAAUCAGAAGCGUUUGGCUGCCUUAGAGGCUAGGCAGAAGGCCAAAGAAGUACAAAAGAAACUGAUUCAUAAUGCCCUGGCAAAUUUGGAUGGUCAUCCAGAGGACAAACCAACACACAUCAUCUUUGGUUCUGGCAGUGAAAGUGAGACAGAGGAGAUGUACACUCCGGAGCUGAGCCAUCUGGUGGAGAAACCAGUAAAAGAGUUCUUGAGUAGAGCAUCUGGGAAGCUGUUUGGCUGUGAUGAGAAGGAAUCUGAUUCUGAAGAUGACAGUAAUAGGUUCAGAAUUAAACCUCAGUUUGAGGGUAGAGCUGGAAAGAAGCUCAUGGAUUUGCAGUCUCACUUUGGCAUUGAUGACAGAUUUCGCAUGGACUCCCGAUUUCUAGAAAGUGACAGUGAAGAAGAACAGGAAGAGGUAAAUGAAAAGGAAACCGCUGAGGAAGAAGAGCUUGCUGCAGAAAAGUUGAAAGCCCUGAAUAUUGUGCAGAGUAUUUUGCAAAUCAACUUAAGCAAUUCUACAAGCAAAGGAUCAGUAGCUGCUAAGAGAUUUAAGGACAUCAUACACUAUGAUCCAACAAGGCGUGACCAUGCCACUUAUGAAAAAAGGAUAGAUGAUAAACCAAAAGAAAGUAAAGCAAAGCGUAAGAAGAAAAGAGAGGAAGCUGAGAGGCUACCUGUGGUGUCUAAAGAAAUGUAUUAUAACAUUGCUAUGGAUUUAAAAGAAAUAUUCCAAACUACAAAAGAUACCAAUGAAAAGGAAGACGUACCCUGGAAUGAAGACUGUGAUGGGGAGAAGGCCAAGGAAUUCCAUGAUCCUGCAGCUUUGAAGACUGGGGCCAAGCAUCCCAGCGGGUUCACAUUUUCCUUUUUUGAUUCAGACACUAAAGAUGUAAAGGAAGAGACCUAUAGAAUUGAGACAGUGAAACCUGGGCAGAAUUCCUGGCAGGAAGCCCCUUAUUUCCAAGACAGCAGUUCAGAAGAAGAAGAUGUUACUGAAGAAACAAAUGACAAAAACCCGAGCUCUGGAGAGGUAUCAUUACCUGAGAAAGAGACAACUAGAUUUUUCUUUUUUGCCAAGAAUGAUAAAAGACUUCAUGUAGGUUCUGACUUAUUCUGGAAAGGAACAGGAGGUAAUAUUAGUAGGAAUUCUUGGGAGGCCAGAACAAACAACCUGCAUAGGGAUUGUCGGAAGAAACAUAAAGAUGCCAAAAGGAGAGUGAAACCAAAAUAAAAAGUGUCAUUAUUAGUUUUGAUACUCCUUGUUAAGAAGACUCACCUAUGGAAAUUGGAUGAACUAGAAAAUAAUUUUAGCUGACAAGAAAUCAGAGUGAAGGAUUAUUCAAAAUCUGACUGAUGGGUAUCAUUCUGCUUGCAAUGAUUUCCUGUGGAUUUUCUUCCUAAAUUCUUGGGAAAAAAAUUAACCUGAAUUUUUUUUUUUUAAAGAUUUUAUUUAUUUUUAGAUAGAGGGAAAAGGAGGGAGAAAGAGAGAGAGAAAUACUGAUUUGUGGUUGCCUCUCGAACACUCCUUACUGGGGACCUGGCCCGCAACACAAGUGUGUGCCCUGACUGGGAAUCAAUCCAGUGACUCUUUGGUUUGCAGGUCAGGACUCAGUCCACUGUGCCACACCAGCCAGGGG